AUGAUAUUGUCUCUAACAAGCUCAAAAAGAUACAACUUUAGAAUUUAAGAAAUCUAAAAUAUAUUUUGGGUGCUAGUCUUAAUACAAAGUCUUUUCUGCUUCAAUUCGAAUGGAAACAAUGAAUAAAAUAAAGGUUCAUUUAUUUCAAUUGUCAUAUACGGAGAAGGAAGUUAGCAAGAGUACGAAACUUCAAUUAAGAGUGUACUCGAUCAGCCUUUUAAAGAUUAUGAUAUUAUCGUUGCAGUGAAAAAUAACGAGGAAUUGAAUGCUCAUAGAAAAUUCUUAUUUAAACAUUACGAAACGUUUUUCCUCACCUAGAUUAAAUUCCAAAUAUCUCAAGAUUUAAACGAUUUUGCUUAAAUAAUAUAGCAUUCUAUGAAAAAAAUGAAGGGAAAGUUCAUUACUUUAUCUCAUGUAAAAACUAAAAAUUUCCCAGAGAGAUUCAAUGAAAUAUCUAAUACCUUGAAUAGUCAAUAAAUAUCAGCACUGGUUAGUGAUAUUUAGAUAAAAAAUAACAAUGAUGAGUAUCUGUCAAAUAAACAAACAAUUUUGAGAGACUAUGCUCGAAGUCUCAAUAAUAUAUUUUUCUCAGUUCAACCAUAGAUAGAAUUCACGUUGACAGUAAGGAAAAAUUUUCUUGAAGAAAUUUUCAGAAAUUUAAAAAUUGUCAACAGAUUUGAGAUUUUAAUGAGAAUUAGUCAAACUGGAAAUAUUUUCCAAAUGCCAUAGGCAUUAAUGAGUAUGACAUUUGAUUAUUAUAAGAAAAAGUAUACGAAUGAUUUUGUCAUAGAUCCUCAAACUGAUAAUGAUAUGUAUUAACAAUACAAUGGUUACCUAUAAAAUAAAAAUGUCAAGAACUUAACAACUCUCUAAUUCUCUCAUUUUCUUAAUUGCACAUUUGACUAUCUAGCAUGUGAUAAAGAAACUAAACAAAUUGUUCAAUACCUCUUGAUAGAUUCGUAUCUAAUGAUGAAAGACUAAGCUCCGGAUUCGCUGAAAUCUUUGAGAGAAUUAAUACUUUAGUUAAAUCAGAAUAUUAGAAAUUAGGAGAAGGCUGCUAAGAAUCCAACUUAUUAUCCAUUAGUAUCUGUCGUUAUGGCGAGUCAUGAUAGAGACUACUUCUUCUUGGAAGCAGUUAGGAGUGUAUUUUAGCUGUCAUAUACUAAUUGGGAAUUGCUUGUAGUUGAUGAUGGUUCUUCAAAUCCAUUAACUUACAGUAUUCUAUAUCUAUUAGAAGGGCUUCCGAAAUUAAGAGUCUCAUAUUUGUAUACAAAUUGGUAUUGUAGUUUUACAAAUAACUUUGCAAUUGCCUAGCUCAAAGGAGAAUUUUUUGCUCUGCUUGAUGAUGAUGACAUUAUGGUUUUUGAUAGAAUGGAAAAGUAAUUAAGUUAUAUGUGGAAUCAUCCAGAGGUAGACUUCAUUGGAGCUUAAGCUUUGUAUGCUGAUUAAACUGGAAAGAUUACUUGGGGCUCUAAUAGAGAAUUUAUGAAUUUUUGGGAUAUUAAAUUAUCUUUGGUCACAUAUGAUCAUUUUACUCAUAGCACUCUAUUUGUUAGGAUGAAUGAUAAAAUGAAAAAGCAUUUCUAUUAUGAAAAUCACAGUGGACCAGACUACAAGUAAUGGUUUAAAUUACUAAUCGAUCUAGAGCAUGAAAAUAUACGAAUUGGUAUGUUCCCAGGUCAUGUCCUUGCCUUAAGAGAGCAUCCUACUAGAAUGUCUUACACUGAAUAUACAGCAUUUAUACACAUCGUUAAGUGGAUCUAAAGAAAAUAGUUAGAUUCUUUUGAAACUUUUAGUCCCUCAUUACUUGAAUAAAUGGACCAUAAAUGCAUAAAUGAUGCGUUACAUGACAUAUCUGGAAAAGCUUGGAAUAUUAGAGCUUGUGAAGCCUUUAAUAUGGAGAAAGUUUCAACAUAAAUACUUGCUUAUUAGCAGACUAAAAAUAUUUAUUCAACUAAUGACAUUAAAGAAUUAAAUGAAACUCUUCAGAGUUAUACUCAAUAUUAUAACUAAGCCGUAUAAAACAACAGAAUAAAUAUGUAGCCUGGAGAUAAUAGGAAGAUUUUCGUUUGUUUAUUCUCAGUUGGAGAUUCUGAAUUAGCUGAAAAACAAAUAGAAUCAUUAAAAGAACAUGCAGAUGGAUUGAUUAUAGUAGAUAUUAGCACCUAGCUUAAUUAUGAUCUAUUAAAAUCUAAAAAAAGGGAGCCAUCUAAUAUCAGUUAGAAGUAUAAUAACCCUCAUAAAAUUUUAGUGGAAACACUGGAAUAUGACUUUUCUAAAUUAAUAAUGCAAAAAUUCCAGUAGCAAUUAGAUAAUUUAAGGACUGCUGAUGCUGACUAUGUUUUAAUUCUGGGGCCUGGAGAAUUCGUUAAUCCUCUAGAGCUUAGAAAGUUUAGAAAUUAUAGAACAGAUCUUGGAAUUUUCGGUUUGAAAUAAAAAACUAAUUCUCAAUUGAUUACUAGCCCUAAAAUUACUACUUAUUACUUAUUGAAAUUUAUGGGAUAUGAGUUUCUGAGAAAGUAUGAUAUCGAUCCUGAUAUUUUCAAAUUUGCUGGUGAACAUGAGUUUGAAGACAAAGUUUAUACAAUUCAAUACGAUUUUGGAUUCUUAAAUGUUCAUACAUUUAAAAACGGAGGAUAUUAUCUUGAUAAGUUGGAAUGA